UCCUAUUGAAAUCAUCUCAGAUAAAGCGCUUUAUUAUUGAAUUCAAAUAUAAAGAGAAACUUAUUUAGGUUUAAGUUCCUCAACGUUACUAUUUAUUAUUGCGAUAAAUUGGCUAUAAUGUCUUAGAAUUCGCAAUUAAAUAGACAAGGAAACGUUUAUUGGAACUUAUUUCUUAAAAUCGUUUAUUUUGGGUGCAGAUGUAAUUAUGUCUCUUCAGCUGGAUCCUUCAAUAAUACAAAAGCUUACACAUGAAUCUUCUGAAAUACGAUUGCGUUCAUUUGAACAAAUUUGGAAUAAGUUAAAUCGUGCUUUUGAACACAAUGAAGAAAUACAAUUUAAAGCGGGUGACUUAUGUAAACAACUUAUUCGUUGGUUCGGAUUUGAACCAAUAUGUGAAGCGCAUCGCGUGCUACAACUUCUCAUAAAAAUUUUAGAUUCCAUUUACAGCGAACAAGCUGUAAAACAACUGGGUGUGAGUCGCUUUAAGCGAGAGAUGGAUAAGGUCAAAUUGAGACUUAAAAAAUAUCCGACGGAAUCACAAAUGGUGGAGGUAAUAAAAAGUUUACUCGGCGAAUACCAAGAUAGUAAAGUGAAAAAUCAAACAGAUAAAGUUGUUGAAGUUUUUGACGCUAUUUCGCUUAAUGACACAGAUGGAAAUGACAGUGCUCAAGGUGACAAGAUGUUAAGCAAUUUUGUAGCUAAUGACUAUGAACCAGCGUGGUCAAAACCGACACCGGCAGAUUUUACAGCACUUAGAUUUAUAGCAGAUCUCUUAAGCAAUACAGAUGUUGGAAAAGAUGAAAUGACGAAUACCCUUCUUCACCUAGAGAUCACAAUGCUGGAUUAUCCCGCCGAAUAUUUGCUACAAGCUCCACAUGUGUUUUUGCGCCUCUUACAACUAUAUAGCAUUAACGAAUUUGAAAAGUGCAAUGUAUUGGAAAAUGUUACUAGUCCAAUUAAAGUUUACUUGCGGUAUCUUUUAGCAAGAUCAAAAGAGCGUUCUAAUAUAAGUGCAUAUUCAAUAAAUACAGCAGUAACACAUAUGACCGGAAAUAUACAAUUAAAAGUCAGUACUAUUUUGCAGAUUGUUCUUGUAAAGAGUGUACAACUUUUGGAAAUAUUAGUGCACGAAUUUAGUAAAGAAAUGCAACAUAUUAUGGAAAUUGUUGGAGACUGCCUUGAGCUGUGUCGCAUGCACCAAUUAACUAUUGAUAACAGCGUGUUGAAAAAGUUAUAUAAAACUAUUCUUAGUCUUAAAAUUUCAUUUGAACAAGAUGGACAUUUUACAUUAAAAAGAAUUAAAUAUCUUAUACUUGUAUGCCUAAUGGAUGAUAUUUUAGAUCAUAAUACGAUUGAACAAAGGGAAAAAGACGAUGCACAAAUGUUAGACUUUCUGCUGCGUGAUUAUACUUUCAAAGUUAAUUUCCCACACCGUUACCAAACUAUUGAACAGCGAAAAAAAAUAUUGGCUUCUCAAACUUUUGAUCAAUGCCAAAAGCUGCAACAUUAUGAUAGUUGUACCCAUUUUGCAGUAUCAUUACUUCAACAUCCCAAAACAAUUAAAAGCGAAUCAAUAGUAAUGAAUGAACCAAAAAUAUAUGUUGCUUUGGAGAACUUGAAAAGUGUACAAUUAACCGAAUACAUAUUCAAUUCGAUUAUAGAUUGCAACGCACAAUACUUAUCAAAACCGGAGCUAAGGACGAAAGCUACAAAACUAUUACUCCAACUCUUGCGCUUAAAACAUGAACCACUGAGGAUACAUGUCUACAAAAUGCUUUCUAUGGCUGUAAAACGGCAUUUUGCAUGCUUAAUGGAAAGUGAACGCUACUGCAUUGGUUUGACGCAUGAACAGUUAUUGGAGAGUCAAGUACUGGGGGUACCAUUAAGCAGUGAACUACUGCUCCAUCUGAUUUACGUAUGUGGAGAUGAUACAAAUGAAAGUAUGAGCAAAAUAAGUGAAGAAAUAAUAUCACUAAUAUUAAAAUCGCAAAACCUAUUGGGUGAACAUUGGCUGAAAUUGCUUGAAUUGUUUCUACCGAUAUUGCCUUUACUACAAUGUUGUACACAAUCCCAACAAAUUGUAGUACUGUUGCAAAAACUACUUGAUCCAGAUACAAAACAGCUGCCUUUUUUGACAGUGUUGCAAGGUAAUAUAAUUUUUAUGUUUCAUCGUGACAGCAACGUACGCAGCGAAGCUUUAGCGCGCCUUCUUUACAUAAUGAAUACAGUGCCAGACGCUGACAAAUAUGUACCAAAUCUGCUUCACAUAAGCGAUGUAAUACCAAACGAUGUGUGUAUUUUAAAAACUCCUCGAGAAUUUCGCAGAAUAUUUACGGAUGUUAAUUCUUCUUAUGAACGCGAAACUUUACAUAAUUUGUUGAAUAUGUUAGAAAUGUCCGAUGUGGAACCAGUGAUACGCAAAACAACAUUAAUGCAAUUGAAUGUGAUGUGCCAGCAAUGGCAAAGUUUAGCUACAUUUUGUGAGGAAAGUGCUCACUAUUUGAUAUUACAAGUGCUUGAAAAUUCACUAUUAGUUGCUUCGUAUGAAGAUUAUACCGGCGCUGUAAUUCCUGCCAUCAGUAUACUUUGUAAAGUGUUGUUGUAUGAUGCUUCUUUGCGUUGCGAACUAUCAGAUACACCAAAUAUAUAUAUUUUACUGUUACGUGCGCUUGCUUUAUAUCAAAAUGACAUACAAUUGCGUCAGGACGUCUGUGUUUGCCUAUAUCUGCUGCUUUAUUCCAGUUUCCUUGUAGUGUUAGGCAAUGAACGGGUUGAAGCACCCCGGUUGUUAGGUAAUUUACAAUUGCCGCUGAACUUCGAUUUACAAUCAUUUGAACAACACAAUACAGAGCUUUAUGAAUACGAAAAAAUAUUCGAAAAUAAAUCUGAAGCCACAUUGUAUUUGCGGCAGCUAUUAGCUAACACCUUCUGUGACAGUCAAAUUCCUGUGCCCAAACAGUACUUGGAACAACAAAAAGAUUAUGAUUUUGACGUAGAAUUGUAUUUGACAUUGCGGGAUUGGCGCCUAAUGAACGCUACGAAUUCGAAACAUAACAUACAACGUUUUUUACGCGCAAUUCUAAAUGCGACCGAUCAUAAAUCGUUGAUAAAUGCGAGCAUUUCAUUGCGAUUACAGCUGAUUCUGCGAGAUCAACAAAACGCUAAUACCUCAAUAUUGAUACCCGACAAAUUAGCCGAUGAACUUUAUGGGCUGAUUAGCAAAUACUUGCAAUUACCGCCGGGUAAUGAGUCGGAUUAUGAACUUUUCGAAGAAUUGGUUGACCUCUGUCAAUUGUGUGUACAUCUGCAAUUGACGGUAGUAAGUAUACGGUUGGUAAAGGAGUUCAUUUCCGAUUUUCAGCAUGCUAUUAUUACACUACUUAAGAAUGAAGAUACUUCGCUACGUUUAUAUCAUAAAUUAUGUAAUUUAUUGAAAAGUGUAAUGGAAUCAGUCAAAUCUAUAAAUGGAGAAGAAGAAAAUUUACGUAUUUUACAUAGUAACUUAUUUGAAUUGAUAUUCCAACUGAUCACGCGGCACUUCCAAAAGCGUGAUUUCUUACGCAUACGAUGUUUGCUGUAUCUACAGACGUCACUAAGUGCGUACGAUAUUUCCAUUGCCGAUGACCAGCUCAUGGUAUACUGCAAACGUUUUAUAAAAUUAUCACUGGUAUUAAAGUCAUUUACACAAACCGGGUCACAAUGGCAGAUUGAUUGCCUGACUAUUGUCUGUCGGCUUUAUGCACAGUUGGAGGAACCACAACGAAAUUUUAAGCUCUGCCAAUCAUCAAUCAAAUACUUGAGUGGUCUAUGCGGGCAUUGUGACCGAAAAGUGCGUGCGCUGGCAUGGUGUAUUUUAACAUAUUUUUCACGUUACGACGAACAGCAUGAUAACAGUACAUCAUUGACAACUGGUAUUGAGCUUCUACAAAAUGAGUUAUCUUAUUUGCCUGGAGGCUUUAUGGCAUGUUGUUUGUGUACUUUUUUGGAUGUCGGUGAAACAAUAGUGGUACGUCAGUUAGCAGCCAAUUUAUUUAUCAACUUUCUCAGUGGCAGAGAUAUAAUUGAGGAUGCUUAUGAAUUGCUUACACGACAUACAUUUCUUUCAUUUGCUAACGAAGCUAUACGCGGAUGCUGCAUAUUCGAACAAAAUUUACCAUUACACUUUGAUUUUAAUGCGCAAAUCAGCAUAACUAAUUGUGAUUUAAUCAGUUGUUUUUGUCGAAUAUGCGCAAGAAUGUUGAAAAAUAAACCCGAUUUCGCCAGAGAGUUGUGUGAGAGUGAUUUCAUGUUCAAAUUAUAUGAAUUACUGAAAAUUCCACCGGCGGAUGCGAAUCCAACAUACCAUCUUAUGUGUGGCGAUAUAUGUCAUUUGUAUGGCACAUGUUAUCCCACAAAUUUCGCUUUACUGCAACGCACUUUGUGUCGUGAUCAAAUUUGGCUAAAGAACUUUUAUCAAUUGUUCGACCAACCACAUACACUGGAUACGGUGACUGUCAAUGUGCUGCAGCUGCUAUUGGUGCUUUGUAAAGAUGACAUGGCUUAUGAGAAACUAUGCGAAAUCAUUUCGAAGGCGCCCGAAUCACUAGUGCGACAUUUACUGCGCGCUUUUACCAUUGAUCACCUUAACACACCUUUACAACGUUGUUCCUUGGCAACGCUGAGCUUAUUGCUAAUCAAAGCUCAGCACAAAAUUCAAGGUCAUAGUAGAGCAAAUCAUCUUUUAGCAACAUUGGAACGCAACGUCGCAAUGAUGGACAAAAAAGACAUUAUUGCACUUAAAGCGGUGAAAUUGAAGGAAAUACUGACGUCCAGACAGCGUGACAAUUACAGUGAAGAACUAAACGCUUCUAAUGUUGACAUGGUGGCUGAUGAUACUGUGAGAAGUAAGCAUUCGUCGACGUCAGUAGCAACGAAAUCUGCAGUUGCGCUUAUUUUCGUGGAGUUAUUUCGGCUAUUUCAACACCUCUACUCAAUAGUGACUAGCAAAUUUACCAACGCACCAACCAAAGCGCAAGUACAAAUAAGUGAAACGUUGGGCGUUUUGCUGAGUAUUUCUCCUGGCGCGAGGUUGGCGGCAAAACAUCUGAAACUCUUCGAUAAAAUAACGCAAGUUUUCGAUACAUUUUUCGAACAAUUCAAGUGCUCUGCUACAACAUACGUACGUCGUUAUGGCGAGCACAAAAAAGUGGCAUUGGUAAAGAAUUUUCAACUUUUGCUUAACGUAUAUUUCCAUUGGUUCGCCGCUGCUGAUGCAGCACUCACGGAUAAUCUGCAGAGCAUAGGACUCUCCAAGCUAAUAAUGCAACUGUGGCCGUGGCUACCGCACUCUGGUGAAUUAAAAGAGUUGACACUGCAGGUGUGUUGUUAUCAUAGCGAGCAUUCGUUUGUCGUGUGUCAGCAGUUUGCAGUGCUGUUUUCCGGAUAUGCACAGUCAUUGCUGCAGUUAGUCAUUAAGUUGGUUGUGGCCGAAACAACGAAGGUGAAGGCGAAUACUGCCGAUAGUUUUCCGGUUAUUAGCACCGGUUUACGUGUAGUUAUGAAUUGUUGCUCCUGUGCUGAGGGUCGCGUCACCAUAAUUAAGGCACACAUGUUGGACAUGUUCGAUAGUCUGCAUCCGUUUCACUUAAAGUCACCUAAAGUUAAAGCGGAUAUACUGCGCUCAUGGUUGCAGUUUUGGGAGUUAUUCUCACGCUAUCCGGAAGGUGCGCAUACGCGCAAUUUGAGGGCGCUGAGUGAUGUAAUUUUACGAUCUCCUCCCAGCAGCACUACACGCAUACUCACGCUUCGUAUAUUGCGCAAUAUGUGUUUUCUGGCUAGUAAUCGUUCGGCUUUGAUGACAUCAAACGAUUUCAUUUGUACUGCUGAUGCGAUUGUCAACGAACGACUGAAUUUGUCAGCAGCACCAAAUGCGGAACAGAAAUAUGCAUCAUAUGAAGAACAGUUGAUAGUCUGUGUAGGUGUUUGGAAAUUAGCAUCUGGUGGUGCGAAAUACGUUGCUAUGCUACGUACCACCAAUUUGGCCAAGCAUCUGCGGCAGUUGCAACAGCAGUUGGAGGCACUCGUGGAAACUGACUCCAAGAAAUUCUCUCAAAUACCCUUCUCUACAGAUUUGUCCUAUGUUCUUGAUGUAAUCUUAAAUAUUUUUAAUAAUUAGUUUUUGUUGUUUUAAAAUAUUGAAGUUGUUUUAGACGGAUUGUUAAAAAAUAUAUACAUAGUUGUAAAUACUUUUAAAGCAGUUAUAAAUAAAAAUUAAAUAUAAUGAAGUCUUCUUAAAGAUUAUAUUAUGGAAAGUUUUGUAUUCUUUCAGUGCAACAUUCAAAACUGUUUAAUUAAAGCCUUAUCAUUUUCAUCUUAA